AUGCUCAGCGCCUCUAUCGCCCGUGCUGUCGGCUAUUCAGCAGUCUCUCGCGUCAGCCUCAAGGCGAGGCCUUACCUGCGAAAGCUGUGCCGUGCCGCUUCGUCGGUCACCCCAGUCAGCAGCACGGGCAGCAGUGGUGGCAGCGCGCCAAUGGCGGACCCGCCGUGCUUCUACUCGAUGGGCCAGGGCUCCCUCAAGGUGUGCCGGAGGGAGCUGCACGGCGGCGCGCGCGCCGACGUUGUGAGGCGGAUGAAAGAGUCCGGCACUGCAAGCGGCAUCAUCUUGCUCAAGGGCGGUGAUGCGCUUCCCGUCUACACAACAGACGGCGAGAUACUCUUCAGGCAAGUGGGCUUGGGGCUUGAGACAGGAAUUGUCAACAUCAAAUUCCCGGGCGCAUUGGUAGUGGAGGAGGGAUACUUUCACUACUUGUUUGGGGUCAUCGAGGAGGGCUUCUGGGGGGCGGUCGACACACGCAAUGGCGCGUCUACGCUGUUCAUGCCGCGGCUGCCCGAGGCGUACGGCGUCUGGAUGGGGGAGCUGCACGGGCCAGACCAUUACAAGGCAAAGUAUGCAGUGGACCGCGUGGCGUACGUGGACGAGCUGGCGGCGGUGCUAAUCUCGGACGCGCCCCCCUGCCUCCACGUGCUCAGCGGCACCAACACCGACAGCGGCAGCGCGGUCGCGCCGCCGCCAAAGCCGGAGGGCCUCGAGGCGGUGGAGUACGAGACGGCCGGGCUGUUCCCCGCCAUCACAGAGGCGCGCGUCCACAAGUCCCCCCUGGAGGUGGAGGUGCAGCGCUACGCCAACCAGCUGGGCAGCAGGGCGCACGUGGCCAUGAUGCAGGCCUGCAAGCCUGGCCUGUAUGAGUACCAGCUGGAGAGCAUCUUCAGGCACUCGACCUACUUUGAGGGCGGAGCGCGCAACCAGGGUUACACCUGCAUCGCCGCCAGUGGCCCCAACGCCGCCGUGCUGCACUACGGCCACGCCGCGGCCCCCAACGACCGCCGCAUAGAGGAGGGCGACAUACUGCUGCUGGACAUGGGCUGCGAGGUAUGA